GUUGCAACUGUCCUGAAGUCCUGCAGAGGGCAGCAUUGCGCCUGCGUAGCUCCACCUGUGAGAUUGUUAAUGCAGUGAAGAAGAAGCAGCAAAACAAUCAGAGAAUAAGAUAUUACAGGGUGCCAAGAGAGCAACUGUGGUACUCAAUGAAGGAAGUCAGUCAGGAGUAGAAGUAACAGAUGGUUUCAAGAAUGCCUUUCCAUUUCUGCCCCCAGUGUGGGACAAAGUUACAGCCUGAAUUCAGAUUCUGUCCUUCAUGUGGGGAGAAACUUCCCGGUCCUGAAAGUCCAUUUAAAUCUAUGAACUUAAGUUUCUCCUCCUCUCUGGGAAAUGCAGCAGCAACAUCUGUAGUUAACCCAAGCCUCACUCCAAGCACGAGCUGUGAACUCAGUACAGCCCACGGAUUUGACACUUUAAGUUCGCUAACACCACGUCCUGCACUGCGAAGGACUCGCAACACCCUUUGCCUGGACAAAGAAGAUAAUGAUGCUGGGUUGCAGGAAUCUCCACCAAAGAAGAACACGGUCACCUUUAAACUCGACACCGGGGCGCAGCCAAUCGUAGAGUCUCCUGUUGCAAAAUCGCCUCGAUCUGCGCGAGGGAAAGGGAAGCUCUGCAGUCCUUUGAAAAAGCAGGAGGAAGAAGAAAAGAAGCUGCCUGCUAAAACAGGCUGGAUAGAGGAGAGAUCAGCAGUAGAUGGAGCUUCACCUGCUUCCUCACCAAACUCUAAGUCUCCUGCAAAAACAGCUGGAAAAAAUAAAGGCAAGAAGGCGAAGCAUGCAUCCUCUGUGGAACCGCUGCCUGAAGGUGAGGAGGUGACCGACACGACCGGCAAGAAGUGGAAGCUGAUCACGCAGCUCAGUCAGAGUGCAACGGAGCUGCUCUACGAAGUUUCUCGGCCAAGCUCAAAGGAGUUGAAUCACAUCCUCAAACUGGGAGCUAAAGAUGGAAGAAUCUUCAAUGAACAGAACUUUCUGCAGAGAGCUGCUAAACCGGCGUCUGUGGAAAAGUGGGUCAAACAAAACAAGCUGGAUUUUCUGGGGAUUCCUUCCUGCGUUGGCUUUGGUCUCCAUACAGACUCGUACAGGUUUCUAAUUUUUCCCAGCAUGGGCGAGUCGCUCCACUCCAUUAUCGAGAAAGAAAAUCAGCCUCUGUCUGAGGAAGUUGUUCUUCAGCUGGCCUAUAGAAUAUUAGAUGUGCUCCACUACAUCCAUUCAAACGAAUACGUUCAUGCUGAUAUCAGUGCCGAGAACGUGUACAUAAAACAAGGACAGAGGUCACAGGUAUACCUUGUAGGAUACUGCCAUGCCUUCAGGUACUGUCCAGGAGGAAAGCAUGUGGAGUACCGUGAAGCCAGCCGAACGCCACACGAGGGCACCGUCGAGUUCAUCAGCCUGGAUGCACAUAAAGGAGCAGCUCCAUCUCGCCGCAGCGACCUGCAGUCUUUGGGUUACUGCAUGCUGCACUGGCACACUGGAUUGCUGCCGUGGACCGAGCUCACUCAACCACAGCAGAUAGCCACCGAGAAACAGAGGUACAUGGAGGAUGUCCCUGCACUUCUGAGCCAGUGCUUUGGGAGGAGGAGCGUUUCCAGAGCAUUUCAAACCUACCUGACUGCAGUGAUGGCUCUGCAGUACUCCGAGCAGCCCGAUUACUCAGCGCUGAAGGCUGGACUCAGCGACGCUUUAGUGCAGCUGGGGGCAUCGGUGGAGGAGCCGCUCGAUUUUUAGAGAGAUCGCAUAAAAGAAGAGACGCCACUGGAAGAUCCUGGAGUUUUCUUAUUUUAAAAUCGUGUUUAAAUGGUGAUGCUUUAUUGCACUGAAAGUCAUGAGUUCAUUAGGUAAACGAUUCAUUGUUUUUACAAUUUGUGUGUGUGUGUGUGUGGAGUUUAUCAUCUUUAUGGUCUUCUUGAGGUUUCUGUGGUUUUCAGCCUCACAAAGAAAUACAAGUUUUAAAUUCCUAAAGCACUGAUUUUUAUAUUUUGUGUGUUGCAGUGUUAUUAGGUAGUUAGAUUUAACAGGGUGAUUUUUAUAACAUAUUUUUUUCUGUUGACUUAUCCUGCUGAACAUUUCAACAAAUAAAAUAUCUACAUUUCUUA